AUGCUCUUCCGCUGUCGCCGUACUUACUCUGCCUAUCCCUCGCUUCCAUCAGCCUAUGACAACAUCUUUCGAUUACGCUUCGUGACAAUCGGGCGCAGAGAAGCUCGAGAGACUGGCGAGGGCGGCCGUUCCGACCCGAACGAAGUAGACAAGCUCAGAGCAGAAGCCGACCACCAGAUGAGGCAAUACGGACAACGGCUAUCGACUGCCAAUGUGCCUUGUGGGGACUCAGUCGUCCGCGAGUACCAUGUACUCGGCGAGAGGCAUUAUUUUUUGGAACAGGAAGUAGCAAUAUCUAUGCACCUGAAGAAUGCAGCCUGGACGGCUCUCGUUUGUUCCGACAUUGGCAGUAACCUCGCGGAGGGGUUUCCAGGACCAUGGUUAUCGCAAGAAGAUCGCGAAUCCAACAGCAUUAGCGGUACCACCUUCUAUCCAACGAUACAGCAUCGGAAGAGACUGUCGUUACGUUCAAGACCAGUCCUUGACGCAGAGCAGAGUCCCUUGGACAAGAAGUUCCCUCAGACAGCAUCGCUCCUAGCAUUCGACUAUGGCCACUUCCUUGACAAGUCGGCUAUGUCUUCGGACCCUUUCUACGCCUUGGACGACCUCUUCCGGUUCUUUGCUAACAGUGAAAACCAGCUCCUCAAUUUGAUAGAGUGGUAUGUUGGUAAUGACACUGGCCAUCGAUCCCUUACCAACGACAAGCCGAGCGUGUCCGGGCUUGUGUACUAUCAGGAGAUACUGGAAACUCACGUUGGCCGAUUGAGACAGCUCGCCGAAGUUGUGCGCCGGCGUGGAGGUACGCAGUGGCCGCGGGCGCCGCAGCAGGAGAAACAUGCGUACAAUAAAGCCGAGGACGCAGCAGUAAACUUGCUUCGCGACAUUGAGUACCUACAGCGUCGGGCUGACGACAUCCGUAAACGCUGCGAACGUGGGAUCGCCGUCAUUAUGAACAACCUCAAUCUUGCCGAGUCGAAGCGUGCCAUGUCGCAGGCGAAGCUACUGACAAAGCUCACCAUCAUGGCGUUCAUCUACAUACCAUUAUCGUUCACGACGUCAUUCUUUGGCAUGAAUCUUGUUCGGGUCGGCACUGGCAUGAGGGCAAUGUGCAUCUGGCUUGGAGCCUCCGCGCUAGUUGUCCUCUUGACCAUAGCGGUGUACUACAUGGAGCGCAUCCAGAAGGGUGUCGGCAAGUGGUUGAGCCGACGAAGACAUGGACGGCAAGAGCACAAGGUCGAGAACAUGGCAUGA